CGCAGUUUUACCGUCUUUGAUUUGAUCCCCAGUUUUGACUUUUACCUCUAUGAAAGCUGGUCCGAAAUUCCCCAAUCCAAGCCACGACAAUCGGACCGCUCCGCCGUCACGUCCGGCGUGCUUUUCCACCGGCACCUGAUCACAAGCGAGUAGUCUUCGGCUGCACUCCACAUUCCAAAACCAAAUUAAAGUAUCUUUUGGAGGCUUUGGCCUUUGGGGCUCUCCGCCUAAAUCCCCAAAUUCCACCCUUGUCGACUUCCCUCCAAGCUUUUCCGCCUCCGGGCAUUUCUGGUUUCUUCAUUCGGCACUCUCCGAGUUCCGGAAUCUUUGCGAAUUUGCUUUUUUUUUUUAAACUUAAUCUGACUUGCCCUCUCGCUCCUCACUUUUGAACCGUUCGCAGAAGUCAAUUUUCGGUUCUGGCGGGAUUGAUCCUCUAUUUAAUGAAGGGCUUGAGGCUCUGCUGUUGGGACCAGUGUCAGGACUGAGGUGUGUGCGUUGAGUUCCAUAGAGAUGGCGAGAGCAAGUAUGGCUUUACAAGUGCCGAGUUUGAAUGUUUGUGCUCGGAAACGAUGCCGAUUGUUCUGGGUUUCUUUGGUUGUACUGUUGUUGGCGAGUAGUACUAGGGUGGCGUUCUCCGAUUCCAAGUACUUGGUUGGCCUCGGAAGCUACGACAUCACUGGCCCUGCUGCUGAUGUGAAUAUGAUGGGUUACGCCAUGUUGGAACAGACCACCUCUGGCGUUCACUUCAGGCUGCGUGCUCGGAGUUUUAUCGUGGCGGAGCCGGGAAAGAACCGGGUGGUGUUUGUCAACCUCGAUGCUUGUAUGGCCUCGCAGAUUGUGACCAUCAAAGUGCUUGAGAGGUUGAAGGCCAGGUAUGGGGAAUUGUACACGGAGAAGAAUGUCGCGAUCAGUGGGAUUCACACUCAUGCUGGCCCUGCGGGCUAUCUCCAGUAUGUUGUGUAUAUUGUGACAUCUCUAGGCUUUGUUCGUCAGUCAUUUGAUGCCCUGGUCGAUGGCAUUGAGCAAAGCAUUAUUCAAGCACAUGAAAAUCUCCGGCCCGGAUCAAUUUAUGUCAAUACUGGGGAAGUCAUAGAUGCUGGUAUAAACCGCAGUCCUAGUGCAUAUCUGAAUAAUCCUACUGAGGAGCGCAGUAAAUAUAAAUAUGACGUGGACAAAGAAAUGACCCUCAUUAAGUUUGUGGAUGAUGAAUGGGGACCAAUUGGUAGUUUCAACUGGUUUGCCACCCAUGGAACUUCUAUGAGCAACACAAACUCUUUGAUAAGUGGUGAUAACAAGGGUGCUGCUGCUCGAUUCAUGGAAGACUGGUUUGAGCAGAAUAGCGGUGCAAGUUCUGAGUCAGUUCAAAGUGCAGCCGAAGGAAUCCCAAGGAGAGUCUCUAGUAUCAUUCCAGAUGUGCACAGUCGCCACCGUGAGCAUGAGCUACUGGAGCUUGCUGCAUCAUUUGGUUCUGCUCCUGGUAAACCAGCAACAAAGAUUCUAAGUGUUGCACAACGAGUAAGGAGUGCUCUCAGGAAGGCUGACAAACCUAGUUUUGUGUCUGCGUUCUGCCAGUCUAAUUGUGGUGAUGUUAGCCCUAAUGUGCUUGGAGCUUUCUGUAAGGACACUGGGCUCCCCUGUGACUUCAAUCACAGUACCUGUGGUGGAAAGAACGAGCUGUGUGUUGCCCGAGGACCUGGUUACCCUGAUGAGUUUGAAAGUACACGUGUCAUUGGAGAAAGACAAUUCAGGAGAGCAGUGGAGCUUUUCAAUAAUGCAACUGAGGAGUUGACGGGACAGAUUGAUUAUCGCCAUACAUAUCUGGACUUCUCUCAGCUUGAAGUAAUGGUCCCUAAACAAGGUGGAGGAGGUACGGAGGCAGUGAAGACAUGUCCUGCUGCAAUGGGGUUUGCAUUUGCUGCUGGAACUAUAGAUGGAUCAGGAGCUUUUGAUUUUAAGCAAGGAGAUGACAAGGGAAAUGCCUUCUGGAAGAUUGUGGGUGGCAUGCUGAAGGCCCCAAAUGAAGAACAGAUUGCUUGUCAACAACCAAAGCCUAUCUUGCUUGAUACGGGGGAAAUGACACUACCCUAUCAGUGGGCACCUUCUGUUCUUCCAAUCCAAAUCCUUCGUGUGGGUCAGCUAGUUAUUCUCAGCGUUCCUGGAGAAUUCACAACAAUGGCGGGAAGGCGACUUCGAGAUGCUGUGAAGCAGGUGCUGACCAGUGGCAAGAAUGAAAAGCUCCAUGUCGUUAUAGCUGGAUUGACUAAUACCUACUCACAGUACAUAACCACCUUUGAAGAGUAUGAAAUACAGAGAUACGAGGGUGCCUCUACUCUGUAUGGUCCACACACACUGAGUGCAUACAUUCAAGAGUUCCAGAAGCUCGCAGGAGCUCUCGUUCGAGACCAAACCGUGGAGCCAGGUCCUCAGCCGCCAGAUAUGCUCAGCAAGCAGAUCAGCAUGUUGACACCUGUCCUCAUGGACACUACCCCACUGGGUACUAAUUUUGGCGACUGCAGCACUGAUGUCCCCAUGAACGCAACUUACAAGAGAGGUAGCAUGGUGAGUGUUGUGUUCUGGUCGGCUUGCCCCAGGAAUGAUCUCAUGACAGAAGGCACAUUUGCACUGGUGGAGAUCCUUCAGGGCACUGAUACAUGGAUCCCAGCGUACGAUGACGAUGAUUUCUGUUUGAGGUUCAUAUGGUCGAGGCCUGCGAAGCUGAGCUCUCGCAGCCAUGCUACCAUAGAGUGGAGGAUCCCCCAGUCGGCCACCCCUGGUGUGUACAGGAUCAGACAUUUUGGUGCUGCCAAGGCGCUUCUUGGUUCCGUUCGCCAUUUCACUGGCUCCUCCAGCGCCUUUGUUGUGGCAUGAGAUUAGCAACGUCUGGGAGUUUGUCAGAUAUGGGCCCGUCCGUUGGCCGGAUGAGUAACAGUGUAAACAAUAUCUGUAAAUAGUUUAAUCAAGUUACGUUAUUAUGCACUAUCAUGAAAGAAUCUGAAUCAAUCAAUUACUUAAAUAUAAAAAAGAAACAUACAUUAUACUUUUCUGACUCUUGAUCAUUCAUGAAUAUAAGCCUUUAUCAAAA